UACAACAAUGCAGUAAURGUGCGGGSUGCCCAGGGAACUACCGGUGUCUCGUUCCAAGCUUCUGCAGCCAAGAAUGCUACGACGGAAGCUGCUACUGCAMUACAGAGAACUGCACUCAAACAUGUUCGACGUCGUAUUGCAAGAAUACUGCCAUGACGUGCCAUUCAGAAACUUGCAAGCAGACAUGUUCUGGGGAAUGCAACUUGGAGUGCACCAGGAAUGCAAGUGGUGUCUGUCAACAGGAUUGYACUGGGACUUGUAGGAACACRWUMUGUGACCAGAGAAAGUGCAUACAGAAGACGAAUUGCAGAAACCCUCCAUGUACAUUGCAGUGCACAAGCAACGUGGACGACUGUCAACAGACAUGCUUAUAUGGAAAUUGCAAAUUUGAAUGCAAUGCAAGAAAAUGCAAGUCGAAAUGCAACAGUGGGAUCUGCACGUACGAAGGUAAUCCUCAAGUGAAUACCAACAAGGACUGUGACAAAAYUGACACAUUAUCCAWGCAAUGCUUCCAGGAAGGUUGUGGAUGGCCAAACUGUUCACUGGACUGCGCUAAUGGUAUUCCUGGACUGGUGACUGGUUGCUCUCAAAGCUGCAUGGAGCCGAUGUCCCUUUGUCCAAAAUCUAUGGCCUGUAGCUAUAAGAAUUGUAUGCAAAAUUGUUUUGGAAAAUGCCAAAGAAUCGUUUGUAACAGAAAUUCCGAGAGUUGUGGUCAACUGUGCGAAGGAAGGUGCGACGUUUUGCAAUGCAAUGCAACGACGCAUUGCUUGCAGCAUUGUGGAGGUGAUUGCAAUACGAUCGAGUGCUYCUCUGCAGCAUGUCUGCAAUCGUGCAAAAGUAAAAACUGUACAAUGAAGUGCGACGAGAAUGUUGCUAACUGCAGUCAAUCCUGUACCACAGAAGGACCAACUUCUUGUUUCAUGGAUAGCAAAGCACUUAACGUUGAACAUCAAUUCUGCAACAAGAAUUGCACGUCAAUGAAAUGUGGGGAAAAUUCAUCAAACUGUACGCAAAUCUGUGGCGAGGGUUGCAAAAGAGUGAUCUGCUCGUCGGCGUUCUGUGAACAAGAGUGUACCAAUGGUGGCUGUUCACUUGAAUGUACCUCAUCAGUGAAGUACUGUAAGCAAACCUGCAGUACUGGUAACUGUACUUUGAACUGCUCUGCGAAGUAUUGCGAGAACUGUACAUCMUCUGAAUGUCUUCCAACGCCAACGACAAGUAUAGCCAGCCCUUCACCUUUAGCAACAAGUUGGCCGACGUCAAGUUGGCCCAUUUCCACAGCACCAACCACACCAGAAUAUUCAACGACAACACGUACUCCAACAAUACAUCCUCCUACAUCAACAACAACGAUAAAAUCACCAACAACAACAACGCCUGCUCCAACGACAACGUCUGCUCCAACGACAACAACAACAAUAUCAGCAACAACAACAGCAACAACACCUGCGACAACGAUGCAUCCCACCGAACCGACCACUGCCGUCGGUUGUGGAGGAGAAACAAGUGCACAAAGAAAAAUAGAAAACCUCAUUAAGACCAAAGAUGACAACCUUAUGCUUCUAUUAUGCAUUGCUAUUGGGAUCAUGGCACUUCUUGUUCUGGUCGUACUUGUCGGCUUUAUCUGCGUUCUGACAAAGCUCAGAGCAUUGCAGAAGACCAGUGAAUCCCAACUUAAUAAUAUCGAAGGAAAAUCUGUGCAGGGAUUUGACAACACCGCAUUUUGAAAACAGCUUUAUCGAUUCUAACUUUAUACUUUGUAAAUAAAAUAUAAACGGCAGGCGAUUCUUUCUCAUUAAACGAACUCAGUUUUACUUUAUGCAAUAUCGUGUGAAAAUAACUGCAUUUUUUUCAACAAGGGCACGUACGUCCAAGAACUCGAGUAGCUUCAAGUGUGUAUAUCGAYGGAUCGUAUUGAUAUCCGAUAAUUUGAUUAAAUAUAUGAGUCAUAAGAAAA